AUGGAGCUCCUUCUCCCUAACAUUAGCUCCACCAGGAGCACCAGGGACCCUCUGCAUCCCCCCACUGCAUCCCAAACUAACUGUAGCAUCUUGGAUCCACAGUGGGGAGCGCUUUAUCUGCACAAGACAGCACACCUGGAUCUACAGCUGUACCAGGACUUCUACCCCUUCUGGGUCUUUCUGAUGGUCUCUAACUGUGUGAUGCUGGUGGUUGGUGUCCUCCUCAACAGUCUCGCUCUGUAUGUAUUUUGCGGGACCUCGACUCGUUCCUCGGCUUCUGUGGUUUACACCAUGAACCUGGCUGUCGCUGACCUGCUGGUGGCGCUGUCCCUGCCCGCCCGCAUCGCACUGUACCACAGUGGUGGCAGCUGUGUGGCCUGCUCCUACGUCCACACCUUCAGCUACUUUGUCAACAUGUACUGCAGCAUCUUGUUUUUGACCAGUAUCUGUGUUGACCGCUAUCUUGCUGUCGUCCACGCUGCCAGCACUCUGCAUCGAUGGAGGACAACUGGAGCAGCCAAGGGUGUCAGCGCCGCUGUGUGGUCCGUUGCAGUUGUGGUCACCUACUCCUUUCAGACCACGGCGUUGAAUUUCAGCUCAUCUUGUAUGAACCUCCCUACGCACUUCUACCUCACUGUUCUUGAGUUUCUCCUCCCCAUGCUGGCUGUGGUGGGAUUUACUCUCCGCGUCGCCUGUUUCCUCUCCUCCAGCCAUGGACUGAUGCCUCAGCGCAGCAGAGCCAGGAGGACUCGUGCCGUUAGGCUUCUGGCCACCGUCCUGGUGGUUUUCACCAUUUGCUUUACUCCGUUCCACCUCCGUCAAGUCCUGGUCUACUUCCAGGUAAAGCCCACAGGAGACGGUGAUGGGCAACUUGGGGCAGGACACGUGCUGGCCUAUCACAUCACAGUGAGCCUGAGCAGCCUCAACAGCUGCCUGGAUCCUGUGGUGUACUGCUUUGUGACAGACAGCUUCAGAAGGAUGUGGAGGAUGAGGAGGAGGAUGAGGAGAGGAAGAGAUGAGGAGGUCAAAGUUUCAAGCGGCAUAGAGGGAGAGCAGACUUCAGUCAAGAAAUGUUCGGGCACAGCCCUUGCGAUAGCUCAGAGCGUGGCUACGCUGACCCUCAGCCGCACGCUGAUCACUGCAGUCAACAUGGACCAAUCAGCUUAG